UCUCUUCGUUUAGGGUUGUGAUAUCACCAAAAAUAUCUCUAUGUCUGUCUCAUCCACGGAUUCUGUGAUUGGACACGAGGUCUUCGUUGGCGGGCUCGCUGGCACCACCGAUGAUCAAGACCUUGUGCAGGCCUUCUCUGAAUAUGGAGUAAUUGUCGAAUCGAGGAUCAUCAAAAAUCGCGAAACUGGGAAAUCGAGGGGGUUCGGAUUUGUGAAAUUCAAGGAUGAGCAGGCGAUGAGGGAUGCAAUCGAGGGGAUGCACGGCCAGUAUCUUACCGGUCGUAACAUUACAGUCAGUGAGGCCAAGACCCGCGGAAGCGGUGGCGGCGGUGGCGUCGGGCUCCGCAGCCAUGGAGGUGGCUACAACCGAGGCCGCGGUGGCUACAGAGGCGGCGGAGGCGGCGCAGGACGUGAUGGAGGUGGCUACGGCGGAGGGCCUGACCGUGGAUACAGUGAGGGCAGUGGUGGCCACUACUCGAGGGGAGGCGGUGGUUCUGACGUAACCUGGGCCACGGCUAGGAUUACUAUUGAUGGGCUUUUUAGGGUUUAGAUUUUGAAGUCCUUCGGCAAGGAGGGAAAAAGCCAGCUGUUGGCUCUAGGAUUUCUAUUCAUGGGCUUUUAUGGUGCUUGGAUUGUGAUUUUCUCUUUUUUGUGUGUCUUUUUGACCCUGGGUUUUUGAAAAGUUGGUAAACAGUAGACUUUUUAAUUUUUUUUAGUGUGUGGUGUUUUGGGUAAAAAGGCCGGUUUUUUUUGGCAACUUCCCAAGGGCCCUUGUAUGCGGGUAGUAUUUUUGUUUCGGAUACGAAUGAAGAUGAAGUUUCGUUGAACUAAUUAA